AACACCAUAUUUGUAUCAUAAAAAGAAUUUGGUGGCCACCUCCUGUGGGCAGGAGCAGCCCAGCAUCUCUCCCAGGCGGGCUCCCUCCAGGAACACCAGGGAUGGCUGGGCAGCCUGCGGAGCAGGGGAAGGAUGCUUUCUCCAGCCUGGAGCGGCUGGGCAGCGAUUUGGGGCAGGGGUUCAAUGAGGUCCACGACCCCUCCUGGACCAUCUCCUGGCCCUCCUUCCUGUGCAGCAGCGACGUCCUUGAGGCCACAGAAUCUGGGCUAACCCCCGAAGGCGCUGAUGGCAAGCUGUCCUCUGUCUCCUUCUCUGUGUCUCCCAGCAGCCUGCAUUGGCACUCAGAGCGCCUGGAUCCCAGGGUCCUGAGGCUGCUGCUGGCCCAGAAGGAGCUAGAAGUCCAAGGCCUCCGGAAGGCUGUUCAGUGUCGACCUGGGAAACGCAUGGCUUAUAUCCUCCACCAGCUGACAGACUCCAAGCCAGAAAGGAGCUCCCGGGACCAGAUCAAAGCCUUGCAGCAGCACAUUGAGAAGAUGACUCAGGAGCUGAGGGACCAGAAGGAGCAGGCCUGCCAGGAGAAGACCGAGCUGGAGAAUCAGCUUCGAGAGGCCAACAGAAACCUGCAGCGCCUGGAGGACGAGGUGCAGGCCUUCGAGCGAUCCUGCCUCUUGCAGCUGGCUCGGUCUUCAUGGGCUGGCCGCAUGCUGCGCUCCCAGACAGGCAGCGUAGAGGUGGUGACCGCUGAGGCCCUGAUGACGGAUAUGAGUGACCAGUCCCAGGACCAGAGCUCUCAGGAGGGGCAUCACUUCCGCCUGGAGGAUGUGGAUUGGAACAGCGUAGCUCAGCGUUAUCCCAACCUGUUUGAGGACAUGCAUAGCAAGAAGAGGGCCACCUCUGCCCAUGUCCUGGACUCCCCAGAAUUCCUUGGCCCCCAGCCCGAGAAGUCCCGCCGCCAGAAGAAGAGCGUGGACUGGAGUCUGCUGCCGAGUAGCUCCCUCAGCUCCGUGGCCACGACCACCGAGAGGGGCUCCGCUGCCCACACCAGUGUCCCCUCGUCCGUAGGCGCUGACUCCAGCCCCUCCCUUACGUCGCCGACCCGGGCGCGGGAGGUCCGCGGCUUUGGCGACCUCCCCGCCCUGGAGCUCAGGAGACCCACGACCACCACGGACAGCAGCAGCAGCAGCCUCGGCACCGCCGUGGUUGGCAUUGGCCCGGCAAGGCACAGCUCGCUCUCCAGUGCCCUCCAGGACCAGGGCGGGAGGAAGGUCUCGGACUUCUCCCUGAAGAUUGUGAAGAUUCACAAACGCGGCAAGUUUAUCCGGGUCCUCAAUGAGUCCCUGGAGGAGAGCGUGGACAUCAGCGGCUUCGUUCUCAAACAACUCAUUCACCAUUUCCCUGUGUGCAUCUACCGCUUCCCCACGGACACGCUGCUGGCACCGCGGCAUCACAUCACGGUGUGGGGUGAAGGGGUCAGCUUGGCGAGGAAGCGCGUGCCUCAGAUGCUGCAAAGGGAGCUGAUCCAUUUCUACACCAACCCUGGCUGUGUCACCCUCCUGCUGAACCCCAAGGGCCAGGUGAUGAGCGAGUAUCAGGCACAACACCGUGUGACCGAGGCCUCCAGAUCCUUCGCUGACCACACGGACGUAUCUAUCGACUGCUAUCCCCUUCUUGAGGAGGCGGGAGAGAAGCCCCAGGAGGCCCCGGGUGUUGGGAGCAAGAUCCCCCGCCGGCAUUUCCGGGCCCAAAAGAAGACCAAGGUCCCAGGGCCUCCCCCUGGCCUAGAGGGCCAGCCUGGGCCCCACAGAAGCAGGCCCCUGAGCCCCAUACCCAGCAUCAACAUAUCCAAGAGCUUCAGCCAGUGGCAAGCUAAAGAGGCCGUGGCCUGCAGGGAGUCUCUUCAUGGUGCCAUGGUGCCACUCCCCAGCAUUCCAGAGCUGGUACAGCUGCCAGGCAUUGGCAAGAAGAUGCAGGAGAAGAGCAUUCCUAGAGCAAACCAGUUCCUGCCAUCACGGAUCUGCAGGAAAGGUGUGGAUGUGGACUGUCCCAUGGUGGCCCUGAGCGUGCAGAAGACCAUAGAGAGCAGAUUUGGGCAGAAGCAGCUGAGUUAUCCCCCCAUCACCAGAGAGCUGAGGGAGCCUCUGUGAGGGCGGAGGGGCACAGACACAGCCCACAAUACCUGUGCCUCGAGUAGCUGAGUGGCCUGGACUGGAGGCUCCGUGUGAUGGGCGGGCAGGGACAAGGGGCUCUGGGGGAGCCCCAGGCCAGGGACAGGAGUGACACACUGGCUGCAUGAUUCAUCUAUUAAUCAGUAUUAAGUGAAAAUAAAAUCUCCUUACAUUUC